AAUUGGGACACAAAGGUCAUUUCAACGAGCACCAAUCUUCCUUCCUCAACAAUUUCCUUCUUGGAAGCUCAGUUGCAAAUUGCUCAUCCCCAUCGCAGUGGCAGAAAUUCAUAGUCGUCUUGCCAUGGAGAACGGAGAUUCCAACCCCGCCGCACUGCCGCCUCCCAAUACCGACCGUGUCAAGCUCAACGUUGGCGGCAAGAUCUUCGAGACUACCGCCUCCACCCUCCGGUCCCCCGGCCCCGACUCCCUCCUCUUCGCCCUCUCAAGCCGAGCCGCCCAAGACCCCGAUCCCAACCCCAGCCCCAUCUUCAUCGACCGCGAUCCGGAAGUCUUCUCCGUCAUCCUCUCCCUCCUCCGCACCAACCGCCUCCCCUCCACCGCCCACCGCUUCUCCAAGCAGGACCUCGCCGACGAGGCCCUCUACUACGGCGUCGACUCCCGCCUCCGUUCCGCCAUCCCCCCUCCCCUCGCCGGCAUCGACGCCUCCGUCGUCGCCACCAUCCGCCCCGCCUCCGACGGGUUCCCCUCCGCCCUCUUCGCCCACCCCGACGGCUCCGUCUGGAUCGCCCACGGCGGCCAGAUCUCCAGCUACGACUGGAACCUCUGCCACUCCGCCACUAUCCGCACGCACUUCGACGACGUCACCUCGAUCCGCCGCGUCUGGACGGAGAUAGCCGCCGCGGGGUCGGAAUCGGCCGCGGGCCUCCACUUCUACGACUUCUCCAGCGGCCUCCACGUCGGCGCCGCCCACUGGAACGACCCGAAGGACCCGCGCAUCUACAAGGCCUGGGUCACGGCCGUCGCCGACUCGCCGGGCUCGGUUUACGCCGCCUUCGAGUGCCCGCACAAGGAGAACUGCGUCCUCGAGGUCGACAAAUCCACGCUCCAGAUCGCGUCCGCGCUCGGCCGGCAGCCGGGCAGCUCGACCAAGCACAUGGCCGCCGGGAAGCUCGCCUGGUUGCCGGAGAUGGGGCUCCUGGCCGGGAGCGCCGUCAUGUGCGGUGCGUUCGGGUACUCGGGCUACAUCAGGCUGUGGGACCCGAGGUCCGGGAAGGUGGUUUGGGAGACGAGCGAGCCCGGGUCGGGGCGGAGCAGCCGGUUCGGGGACUCGUUCGCAGACGUGGACGCGGACGCGGAGUCGUCCAGGCUGUUCAAGGUGUGCUCCAAGUCGGGGGACCUCGGGACGGCGGAUCUGCGCAAGCUGGGGGACGACCCGUGGGUGUACCUAAGGGAAAAGAACCCGAGCAUGAGGAACACGGCGAGCAACGGCGGGACAAGCGUCCUGCGCUGCUACCAGGGGCAGGUGUUCGUGGGAAGGGAAGGGGAUCUUGAGGUGUGGUCGAGGGCGGCGGCGGCGGCGUGCGACAGAGAACGCCGAAGGGAGGAGGAUGAGGGGGAGGGAAUGUACAGGAGGAAUUACGUGAAUAGGGUGGCACCGGAGGCGGUGGCGGUGGCGGAGGCGGAGGAGUGCGAGAGAGGAGUGAUACGGCGGAUAGACGGUGGUGGGAAUAGGUUGUUUGUGAGUAGGGAGGGUGUAGAGGGGGUUGAGGUGUGGGAAAGCUCUGGAUUUGCUGCUGCUGUUCCGGCCUCGUGACCUAUUUGAAUUUUUGACACUUGAAUCUGUCAAUAGCUUUAGAUUAAAAUCC